CUUGGCGUCCCGCCCCGUUCUCGCCCGUGUCCGGCCGGCUGGCCUUAAAGGGGACGCGGUCCGAGCGGCAGCUCGCAGGGUGGCCCCCGCUCCGGCUCCACCCCCUUUCCCACACCUCUCCCCUCCCCCACUUCGUCCCGCAUCCCCGGGGCCGCGCCGCAGAGUCGGGCUCCCUGGAUACAUACAGGCUUGUACCGGGCUGGGUAGGAAGACUGGAUUUUGCAGUGGAAGCAGCAUCUCUUCCUUCUGGGACCUGGCGGAGGGCGUCUCCACCCUGGGGGGAGCAGAGGACCCGCCCUGACCUAGCCGGGCUCAGCCUCGUCCAGCGCGGCCUGAGCGCCCCGCCCAGCAGCCAGCUCGGAGGCAGGGCCCACUGGGAUCUGGGAGGGGUGCGAUUUUUUGUGUGUGCCCCAUCUCAUCUCCCCCAUGCGCAUGACUUGGCUGAGACUCUGGACAGCAGCUUCUAGAUCCCGCUUCUACUUGCCCGGAGAGUGGACAGGGUCACCAGGGAGCCCUGGGGAGAGAGGGGCAAAGGGCGCGGGCGCCAUGGACAAGAUCCUGGAGGCGGUGGUGACGUCGUCGUACCCGGUCAGCGUGAAGCAGGGGCUGGUGAGGCGCGUGCUGGAGGCGGCGCGGCAGCCGCUGGAGCGUGAGCAGUGCCUGGCGCUACUGGCGCUGGGCGCGCGCCUCUACGUGGGCGGCGCGGAGGAGCUGCCGCGCCGCGUGGGCUGCCAGCUGCUGCACGUGGCCGGCCGCCACCACCCCGACGUCUUCGCCGAGUUCUUCAGCGCGCGCCGCGUGCUGCGCCUGCUGCAGGGUGGCGCCGGGCCCCCGGGCCCCCGCGCGCUCGCCUGCGUGCAGCUGGGCCUGCAGCUGCUGCCCGAAGGGCCCGCGGCCGACGAGGUGUUUGCGCUGCUGCGGCGUGAGGUGCUGCGCACCGUGUGCGAGCGCCCGGGGCCCGCGGCCUGCGCGCAGGUGGCACGGCUGUUGGCGCGCCACCCGCGCUGUGUGCCCGACGGCCCGCACCGCCUGCUUUUCUGCCAGCAGCUGGUGCGUUGCCUCGGCCGCUUCCGCUGCCCGGCCGAAGGCGAGGAGGGCGCCGUGGAGUUCCUGGAGCAGGCCCAGCAGGUGAGCGGGCUCCUGGCUCAGCUGUGGCGAGCGCAGCCCGCUGCUAUCCUGCCCUGCCUCAAAGAGCUGUUCGCAGUCAUCUCCUGCACAGAGGAGGAGCCGCCAUCUAGCGCCCUGGCCAGCGUGGUCCAGCACCUCCCAUUGGAGCUCAUGGACGGUGUUGUCCGGAACCUCAGCAAUGAUGACAGUGUGACGGACUCGCAGAUGCUGACUGCCAUCAGCAGGAUGAUUGACUGGGUGUCCUGGCCCCUGGGGAAGAACAUUGACAAGUGGAUCAUUGCACUGCUGAAGGGCCUGGCUGCUGUUAAGAAGUUCAGCAUCUUGAUCGAGGUUUCGCUCACCAAAAUUGAAAAGGUUUUCUCUAAGCUGCUGUACCCCAUCGUCCGUGGAGCUGCCUUGUCUGUGCUCAAGUACAUGCUCCUGACCUUCCAGCACUCCCACGAGGCCUUCCACCUGCUCCUCCCUCACAUCCCCCGCAUGGUGGCCUCUCUGGUCAAGGAGGACUCGAACUCGGGGACCAGCUGCCUAGAGCAGCUGGCAGAGCUGGUCCACUGCAUGGUGUUCCGGUUCCCAGGCUUCCCGGAUCUGUAUGAGCCUGUCAUGGAGGCCAUCAAGGAACUCCAUGUUCCCAAUGAAGACCGCAUCAAACAGCUGCUGGGGCAGGACGCCUGGACCUCACAGAAGAGCGAGCUGGCAGGUUUCUACCCCCGGCUCAUGGCCAAGUCCGACACGGGCAAGAUUGGUCUUAUCAACCUGGGCAACACGUGCUACGUCAACAGCAUCCUUCAGGCCUUGUUCAUGGCUUCUGACUUCAGACACUGUGUGCUUCGUUUGACUGAGAACAACUCACAGCCCCUGAUGACCAAGCUGCAAUGGCUUUUUGGCUUUCUAGAGCACAGCCAGCGGCCUGCCAUUUCCCCAGAGAACUUCCUGUCUGCAUCCUGGACGCCCUGGUUUAGCCCCGGCACCCAGCAGGACUGCUCGGAGUAUCUGAAGUACCUGCUGGAUCGGUUGCACGAAGAAGAGAAAACGGGCACAAGGAUCUGCCAGAAACUCAAGCAGUCCAGCUCGCCCUCCCCGCCUGAGGAGCCCCCAGCCCCAAGUUCAACCUCUGUGGAGAAAAUGUUUGGAGGCAAGAUAGUGACUCGGAUCUGCUGUCUCUGUUGCCUCAACGUCUCCUCCCGGGAGGAGGCCUUCACAGACCUCUCUCUUGCCUUUCCUCCUCCUGAGCGCUGCCGCCGCCGCCGCCUGGGCUCUGUGAUGCGCCCUGCAGAGGACCUCAGAGCCCGAGAGUUGCCCUCAGCAGCUAGUGCACAGGGGCCAGGCAGGGUGGGUCCUCAGAGGCAACGGAAACACUGCAUCACAGGGGACGCCCCCCCCGCCAACCUGGACAUUGAAGGCCUGGACUCCCAGGAAGCUGCGGGGCAGAGCAGUCAGGAGGAAAAGGUAGAAGAGGAAGGGAAGGAGGAGGAGACGGAGAAGGAAGAAGCGAGGGAAGAGGAGGAAAGCACCAGAGGGGAAGAAGCGAGGGAGAAAGAAAAGGAGGUAGGGGAAGAAGAGAAGGUUGAGAAGGAGACAGAAAAGGAGGGAAAGCAGGAAAAGGAAGAAGACAGCCUGGGAGCGGGGACCCACAUGGAUACUGCCGUCACCUCCGGCGAGCAGCCUGGUGGCUCCGAGGGCUCCCGCUCUGUCCUGGACCUGGUCAACUACUUCCUGUCGCCCGAGAAGCUGACAGCUGAGAAUCGCUACUACUGUGAGUCGUGUGGCUCCCUGCAGGAUGCUGAGAAGGUAGUGGAGCUGAGCCAGGGGCCACGCUACCUCAUCCUCACGCUGCUGCGCUUCUCCUUCGACCUGCGCACCAUGCGGCGCCGCAAGAUCCUGGAUGACGUCUCCAUCCCCCUGCUGCUCCGCUUGCCGCUGGCUGGCGGCCGGGGCCAGGCCUAUGAUCUCUGCAGCGUCGUAGUACACUCUGGAGUGUCUUCAGAGAGUGGUCACUACUACUGCUAUGCCCGUGAGGGCGCUGCCCGCCCUGCUCCUUCUCUGGGAACUGGUGAUAGGCCAGAGCCCGAGAACCAGUGGUACCUGUUCAACGACACUCGGGUGUCCUUCUCGUCCUUUGAAUCUGUCAGCAAUGUCACCUCCUUCUUCCCCAAGGACACAGCCUACGUGCUGUUUUACCGGCAGCGGCCCAGGGAGGGGCCUGAGGCUGAGUCGGGCUCUCCCAGAGUCCGGACAGAGCCCACCCUGCACAAGGACUUGAUGGAAGCCAUUUCCAAAGACAACAUCCUUUACCUACAGGAGCAGGAGAAGGAGGCCCGGAGCAGGGCGGCCUACAUCUCUGCACUCCCCACAUCUCCACACUGGGGGAGGGGCUUUGAUGAAGACAAGGACGAAGAUGAAGGCUCUCCGGGGGGUUGCAAUCCUGCAGGUGGCAAUGGGGGUGACUUCCACAGACUAGUCUUCUAAUGCGAACCUGCUGCCAGCCAGACCAUUCUCUCCAGGAGGAAGGUGGGGUCUGAGAGGGAGGCAGGCCCAGUCCUGUAUGUAGUAGGCCCUACCAAGAGCAAGCAUGGUACAGGGAUCUCAUGGGAUGUUAGUCCUUAGCCUGAAGGGUAAACAGAGGGUCUCAGCUAUGGAAAUGAGACUUAAGGCUCUUAAAGAUUUUACACCCAAGUGUCCUGGUUAACUGGAAGCACUUGAGCUGGGCACACAUGGGUCUUUGCCUCCCCAGCAGGCCCUCCGUGCUGGACUAUCUGACAUCAAGCAGCAUUAUCCUUCCGACUGCUCUAUAACAUAAAGCACAGCAGGACCCAAGCCUGGCACAAAGAAGGGGGUGUGUCACCUCCCCUGGCUGUUUUCUUGUAUGGGGGUGCCUACACUGUCUAUCUAAGAUCAGGUGGGGAAAAAGCAGGGCCCAGAAUUAGAGACUGAGACCUGUCCCCCUUACCAAGCACCCAUGCCUAGUGGGGGGACUAGCUACUCCUAGUGGGAGGCCUUUGUCCCCACAUUCCCUCCACCUGCCUCAGUGCCUGAGAUGCCACCACCUGCAUCCCCCUUCUGGUUAAGGUAAAGGUAAGAGUCCUUACUUAACUGCAAAGAGGUCUCUGUUCCUCAUGAAGUGUGGGGUCUUCUUCUCCUCAUCUGGCCUUUGCAGCUACGAGAACAGCCGCCUGAGGGUUGGGUAAAGUGCCCUGAUACUUCUGUAGUCCCUGCUAAUGGGAGACAAGAUACACAUGUUCUUAAAUAAAACUACAUUCUCUGAA